UCGUAGUGUUACGUGGAAACGCCGAAAGAAUUUUACGUCGCGCGUAAACGAAAAUAAAAUCUCCCAUCUGUUCAAAUAUUGUGCAAGUUUUUUUUAAUACUAUACCCUAUAAACUCGGGUCAAAAUGUGUACGUUUUAUGAUCCUUGUGUCUCAACGUAGCCUAUAAUAUCUUUAUAUUUUUGUGUUUAGUGCUUGAGUGGGUUUUGUUUUUGUAUCCGUGUAUUGUGAAUGGAUUUAUUAUAACUCGAUUAUGAAGGCGUGCGCUUCGUAAAGAUAACAAAAAUGGUGCAAUGACGUGAAAAGCGAUGCUGCUUCAGCAGACUUCAUCGCCCGGUCCUAGCGGCACAGCCAGCCCCAAGCUAACCCCAAGCCGACCCAACAUCAGCCCCAAUUUUACCACCAGACUCACAGGAAGUCCCAGUUUGAGCGAUGGAGCAUCAAGUUCAAACAGCCCUCGGUUGGGUGCCAACAGUCCCAAGUUGGGUGCCAGUCCGAAGUAUGGGAGUCCUAGAAUGGGUAGUGGAAGUCCCAGAAUGGGAAGUGGGAGUCCAAGGUUUGAAGGGAGGGGGGCUCUGGAGGACGAGGUUUCGUUGGAGAGGAUACAAACGGAGCUAAAAGAAGGUUGGACGGUGCACACGGGGAGAGAUGGCCGACUUUAUUAUUGCAAUCACAUCACACGGACCGCGAGUUGGCUGCCACCAGUCGAGAACUGGCCUUCCAGAGACAGCGAGAGCACUGAUGAGGAGCUGCCUUAUGGCUGGGAGCAGGCGUUGGACAGUCGAGGGAAACCUUAUUACAUCAACCAUGUCAACAAAACGACGACGUACGUGGCGCCCGAAGGCUUCUCUUGCGAGUCUCCGCCGGCGCCACGGGACGUGGUUCUGGAGAGGGACGCUGAGCUAGGCUUCGGCUUCGUGGCUGGUUCCGAGAAACCUGUGCUAGUACGAUUCGUUACUGACAACUCGCCGAGUGUUGGAAAGCUAGAACCAGGCGAUCAAAUCCUCUGCGUCAACGGGGAAGACGUCAGCACGGCAGCACGAGAGCACGUCAUAUCAGCAGUACGUGCUUGCUCGGAGAAGGUCACGCUGCGAGUGUGCCAGCCUGCCAGGAGCGGCAACUUGACCAGGAGAUCUGCAUUUCUUUCAGCAGCAAAACGAGCAAGGCUGAGGGCCAGACCUCCAAGAGUUAGAUUCGCUGAUUCAGUGCAGUUGAAUGGGGCACCGAUGUACCCUCCCUCAGCCUUCUCCCUCGGCGAUCUUUGUCUACCGCCGAUGGCCAACGUCCUCAAAGUCUUCCUCGAGAACGGUCAGACGAAGUCUUUCAAAUACGACGCUACUACUACGGUAGCAGACGUGGUUACCAGUCUCAAGGACAAACUGUGCAUCGUCGCCGAGGAACAUUUCAGCUUAGUGGUGGAACAUGUAAAAAGUUUGAGGAGAAAUAAACUCACUUUGUUGGAUCCGAAAGAAUCUUUAGCCAGGAUUGCGGCGCGGCCGGGCUCCCACAAGAUGCGCUGCCUGUUCAGAGUCGUCUUCAUGCCCUCGUCAGCGGCUGAGCUGGCCCAACGGGACCUCGCAGCGUUGGACUACCUGUACAUGCAGUGCUGCAACGACGUGGCCCAGGACCGGUUCGCUCCGGAGCUGCAGCCCGAUGUUGCGUUGCGGCUCGCCGCGUUGCACAUUCACCAGCACGCGCUCGCACACAACCUGUCACCUGCUAAGAUAACUGUCAAAUCUGUCGAGAGAGAGUUCGGGUUCGAGCGGUUCGUGCCCGGCAGCCUGCUGGAGAGUAUGAAGCGCAAAGAGCUGCGGCGCCUGGUGGCGCACUUCCUCAAGCUCAACGCGCAGAUGACCGGCAGCCAGCGACACCUUACGCAGUUGCAGGCAAAACUUCACUACUUGGAUAUAGUUGGAGGUCUUCCUAGCUACGGCGCGAAGUGCUUUAGCAGCAGUCGCCCUGAACGCGUUCUAUUGGUUUCACCGCGUUUUGGACUUAGCCAAAUCGUGGGCAGAAAUAACUCUGUGCCUCAAUCUAUUGCAUCUUUGGAAGAAGUGGAAGGUGUUCGCGUCAAGAGCGAAUGCUCUGGUAGUGCGGAUGUUGCUAUAUUUUUACAGAGGGAUCGAGUUCUGGCGUUACUUAUGGAAGAGCGAGAUGCAACUGAAAUGCCUCUCAUCAUAGCUGGGUAUUACAGGCUAGCAACUGGCCGAGAGUUAAACAUUGAGCUUGAAAGGGAGCCUAUGACGGAAGAUAUAGCUCCGCCUUACCUGUCCCAGCACAACGUAGUUCCGUCAAAAUGGAGCUACUUGUAUUAUGAUGACGCCACGAUUCUGGGCAAAAAGCACUUCGCUAUCUUCAGUAUGCCGCCUCCAUAUCAUUCCACUCCAGAUCAGUCUAAAUCUAGUUUAGACACUAACAUGAACAGCAGUAUAGCCAACCGUAAUCACAGCAAUAACUCCAGUCCAUUAGUUGGUUAUGAAACAAAACCUGGUUUAUUGGGUCACGAUAUUCAUUUCGAGAAAUGUAAAAGGACCGAGGAAUUCAGGCUUUUUGACCCUAACGAUGCUUGUUAUCUAGACGAUGGUAUGGGCUUUGAUCUACAAAGCGUAUUAUCCAUGGAACUGUUAGAGAACGCAAGUAAUCCGCGCUUAGUAGAAGCAAAGAAUGAAGAAGUGUUAAGAAGAGUAGCAGAAAUGCAGAAACUAGUAGAAAACUCUGAACAGUAUUUGACUGAAAAUUGUGAUGUUUAUAAUGAUAUUGGUUACAAUGGUAUUUUAAGAGAUGAAUUAGUUGGAAAGGAGACUUGUGUAGAUCAUUUAGAGAGUGAUACGGAAUCGAUUAAUAGUAGAAUGUCAGCUGCUGAUGAUGCUCCGGGUAUCCUUAAACAUAGUGAUUCGUUAUUACUUUUAACUGAAACGAUCAAUCAAGGAUUGAGUGGUUUGACCGUAGCUGAAACUGAAAAAGAAUGUAAUGGUACUGAUCUAACUAAAAGGCAAACACAAGGACUGAGUGCAAUACUCAAUAACUGUGGUCUCACUGAUGCUUUAUUAGCUCUUAAUAACGAUGUUGUCUAUUCUGAAAGUGAUAAUGAUUCUUCGUAUACACCGACCAGCAGCCCUAUUCGGAAACAUCAAACUAAAGCUUCCACUAAAGCAGUUAGAACUAGUUUCGGUCUACACAGUCCAGAUGCUACGUUAGACAAUAAGGAGUCUAAUCUAAAAGAAUACCUAAAACAACUAAGAGAGAAAAGUAAUAGAGAAGAAACCGCAUCUGAAUUUCCAUUUUACUAUCAGGGAAGUAUAGUAGACAACGACGCCGAGCUUAUAGAUUUAACUUUAAUACCUCCACCACAAACUCCUGAUGAAUUAGACUGUUCAACACAAGUGCCUCAAAUUUUACCCAUAGUGCCACCAUCAUUUGCGGAUGACAAGGAUACUGAACCAAAUGAUAUACCAAGGAGUAAUGAACUAGAAGAAUUUAUAGCCAAUGUUACUAUACAACCUCCUACAGUUAAAAUAACACCAGCAAUAGAGCUUACUCCCGAAGAAAUUAUGUCGUAUAUCAUUCCACCACCGCCGGGGUCAAAUUCAUCAACUUUAGAUAGAGAUAUAGCUAGUUAUGUCAAUCAAAAUGAAAUUGUUGAAACGAAAAAUGAACAGAACAACUGCAACGAUGUAAAAACAUCCAAUGGCGAUGUUACAAGAGGAGUUUUAAGUGUGAGUGAAAUCAGAAGCAUGUUCAAUGCAAAAGGGUUAAGUGAUGCUAGAAAUAGUUUAUUAUUAAAGGAAAAAACCAAAUCUCAAACGAAAUCAGAUUCCCCUAAGUGUAAAAGAAAAAGUGUAACAGGGGAAAAGCAAACAAAUGGAAUAGCACACAUAAUAGAAUACCCGACGGUCGAAAGGAAAGGUAUGUUUUCCUGUUGCAGUAAAGAUAAAAACAAAAGUGAAGAUAGUAGUGAAGCCGAAACUGAAAAAAUCGACGGCCACAUACAAAAUUCAGAUUCAAUGCCCGACGUUUGUGAGAUAAGGCCUCCUCCUAGGAGAAAAAGUAGCGAAAUACGAAAACCACCCGAACGCCCUCCAAAAACGCCCCCAACACCCGCUCCCCGACCAAGAUCGAAUUCAUUCACAUGUCCAAAUAACGAAUUAAGCGUAGUAGAAAUUACGACUAACCAUUUCGGUACCAUGAAUAAUAGGAAACUAAACUAUAAGGUUGUAUGUGAUUUAAACGAAGGCCCAAAAAGUAUUCCCCCACAAUUACCACCUCGACCGGAAAACAGGGUUCUGUCACCUCCACCUCCAAUACUACUGCCGCCUAAAAAACCACCACUGCCUCCAGUUCCCAGCAUCGAAGUAUUACGUAUGAAAAACUUGCAAAAAUUAUCUCCAGUGCGAGCCACUGAAAGACUAGCUAGCAUUGGUUCUCCGCACUUUCAAAGAAAUCUCAGCACUUACAGAAAUCUUGAGAACGAAAACAGAUUAACUGACGACGAAUCCCAAAGCAUAAGAUCAACGCAAAAUUACAGCUCAAUGACAUUGCAGAAUAGACAUGUUCGUUCGAAUUCGGAGACAAAAAGUACUAUAUUGAAAAACAAAGAGAUGUCCACAGCUUUGUCAUUAUGCUCUCCACAAAUGAACAGACGUUUUAGCAACAGGCCUGAUAUUUUAAACGGAGCUCCAGUGGGUGAUCCUAGAAUGUUCAGUCCUCCUUUGUCCGAAAGGAAACCUUUAAGAAGGGACAGUGCUAGUUCCGCUGUUAAAGUUCAGAACCACGUGAGGUUCAAGGACGAUGUCAUUGAUGACAUACCUACACCUCCUUCGCCUCCUACGGUGAAGUUUCCGGAGUGUCCGGCCGGGAAUAAUGGGCAUGUGUCUAUAGAGAAUUUGUUGUGUAAGACGGAGGUUGCGGUAGACGGGUUGCUGCAAAGGUUGCAUCAAGUAGCUCAGAAGUGUUCGCAUCAACACGCACACGGUGGCGGUGAGGACAUCGAUGAAGCCAAAUUUCAGCGCGCUCGCAACGAGUUGACAUCCUGCGCGGUGUCGCUGGUGGGCGCUUCGCGUACGUUGGUGGGCGCUCUCGGGGCUUCCCCCGCGACGGCCCCCGCCCCCCUCGCCCCCCCCGCACCCACAGCCCUGGCCGACUGCCUCGCCCCUCUGCGACGCCUCGCUGACCUCGCUCAGGCACUUGGAAGACACACAUCCGCGCCAUUACAAACCAGAAACUUGGUCCUCCGAGUCCAUGACGUCACAGCUGCUUUCAAAGACCUAGCCGGUGCUGAAAUGGCGCACAUCAUUCACGAACACAACGCCAAAAACAGCCAAGGCCAAGACUCCAAUUCCUCAUUGGAAGGCCAAUUGGCCUUAAGAGCUGAAUGCCUUGCCAAUGUGUUGGCGACAUUGCUCAGGAGUUUGAGAGUAUUUUCUCCUUAGAAAUCACUAGUGGGUAAACCUAUAAGAGGCAGCUAAUAAAAUUAUUUCUAUUAUUAACUUUAUAAUAUGUUAUAUAAUAAAAAGCCUUAACCAGGGGCGCCAUAAUGACAAUAGAUUGGCUGUAGAUACAUUUUCAUUAGUCGAUAGUUCCGGAAAUUCCCGCAUGAUCGUAUCGACCAAUAAAAUUCACGGAAUUUCUCGCAUACGAAACGUUUUCUGUAGACCGGUCAAUAUUAAAAAUGCGAAAUUGACUGUUUAUUUCUUUAAUGUAAUAUUACCUCAACUCGAUCACUCAUAGAGGUAGCUUACAUUUUAGAAAUGGACAUGUUGAUAUUGA